GAGGAAUGACUAGGGCACCUUCAGGCUACCUAACAGGUCCAGCAGGAAUGACUAGGGCACCUUCAGGCUACCUAACAGGUCCAGCAGGAAUGACUAGGGCACCUUCAGGCUACCUAACAGGUCAAGCAGGAAUGACUAGGGCACCUUCAGGCUACCUAACAGGUCAAGCAGGAAUGACUAGGGCACCUUCAGGCUACCUAACAGGUCCAGUAGGAAUGACUAGGGCACCUUCAGGCUACCUAACAGGUCCAGCAGGAAUGACUAGGGCCCCUUCAGGCUACCUAACAGGUCCAGCAGGAAUGACUAUGGCACCUUCAGGCUACGUAACUGGUCAAGCAGGAAUGACUAGGGCACCUUCAGGCUACCUAACAGGUCGAGCAGGAAUGACUAGGGCACCUUCAGGCUACCUAACAGGUCCAGCAGGAAUGACUAGGGCACCUUCAGACUACCUAACAGGUCAAGCAGGAAUGACUAGGGCACCUUCAGGCUACCUAACAGGUCAAGCAGGAAUGACUAGGGCACCUUCAGGCUACCUAACAGGUCCAGCAGGAAUGACUAGGGCACCUUCAGGCUACCUAACAGGUCAAGCAGGAAUGACUAGGGCACCUUCAGGCUACCUAACUGGUCAAGCAGGAAUGACUAGGGCACUGGGUACCUUUGGAGCAGCCUACCUGGAGGACACAGGACAACAAUGCACAUCAACCGAUGUGAUAUAUGCAUAUAUGGCCCACUGGCAAACAUCACACAUGGAUGAUGGGGACAGGUUGUCAUUUUCCAUUUUCCCAUUUUUCACCAACGUCACAAAAUUAUAUUACCACUCCGAUCUUUUUAUAUUCCUAAGCAUCACCGGAAAUGCAUGGUUGUGGAGGCGAGUCCAUGGGGCUGAAUGUGGGCUUGGCCGUGGGCGUGGCCUGAGUGCUUGCGUGGGCUCCGCCCCCAAGGCCCGAUGGUCACCAGUGCGCAAGCUCAGAACGGGGCCGGGCCGCGGCUGUGAGAACGCGGGGGCGGGACUAACUCCCUUGAGGAGGCGGGAUCGGAAUCAGAAAGGUGGGGCCAAGAUUCCCAAGGCAGGCACGGGCGAGGGGCGGUGCGCGGGGGAGGAACCCUGA